GCAUUAUUAAAUUACCCUAUUUUUUUUUUUUUAAAAAAAAAAAGACAUCAUAAACUAAAAUGUCAUUGCGAUUAUUAAGAUCAGUUGCCAUGCUUCAAGGUGUUUUAAAACCAGCUGCAGUAAUAGCCCCUAGAAUGACGCCAGCUAAGGCCGUUUGGCAACGUCCGGUUUUGACAACAGCUGCACGAUUUUAUGCAAAAAAUAAUAAGAAAAAGCAUCAAUUUGUAGAAUCACAAACUAAGAAAGAGCAAAGCCAAGUUCUUCAAUUCGAUGAAGAAAACUUUCAAGCACGUUUUGAUCAAUCAAUUAAUCAAUUAAAAGAGCAUUUAGCCAAUAUACGUAUUGGUCGAGCUACUCCCUCUUUAUUAGACAAUGUUCGAGUUCGUAUAGAAAACUCCCAUUAUCCUAUAAAAGAUCUUGCACAAAUCACGGUUAGAGAUCCUCAAACUUUAAUCGUCACUGUUCAUGAUGGCGAAUAUAUUUCAGCUGUCGAUAAAAGCAUUCGUGAAGCAGGAUUAAAUUUAAAUCCAAUUUUAGACAAUAAAAUCAUCAAAGUUCCUAUACCAAAAGCUACAAAGGAGACUCGUGAUAAACUAGCUAAACUUGUUAGUUCAACAGGCGAACAAACAAAGCACAAAAUUAGAUCUAUUCGUCAAGACGGUAUGAAGCAACUAAAACAUGAUAUGAGACAUACUUCAGCAGAUGAUAUCAAAAAAUUAGAUAAACUUGUGCAAAAUACGACAGAUAAAUAUAACAAAAUGGUCGAGGAAUUAUUAAAAACUAAAAUAAAAGAAAUUCAAUCUUAAUAAACGGUAGUUUUUACUUUGUUUCUUCCACCCCCUCUCUUUCCCCCCCCCUUGAUUGAUCCGAUUAAAGAAAUUAUCGAAAAAACGGC